AUGGAUGUCAAAACUGAAGAAUAUCUAAUGAGCCAUGGCCCAUGGAAAGAGUGGAAGAUGAACUUCAAGAACGCCAAAGUUCCCAAAGGUCCCGGUGGUGGUGUGAUAUCUGCGGUGCUUGUUGGUGGGCUCGCCCUUUACGGCGCCACUCACACUUUGUACAAUGUCGAAGGAGGGCAUCGAGCCAUUGUCUUCAACCGCCUUGUUGGUAUCAAAGACAAGGUUUACCCUGAAGGUACCCACUUUAUGAUCCCGUGGUUCGAAAGGCCAAUCAUUUAUGAUGUUCGUGCUCGACCUUAUCUCGUUGAGAGUACAUCCGGGAGCCGUGAUCUGCAGAUGGUUAAGAUUGGACUUCGGGUUCUCACUCGUCCCAUGGCUGACCAAUUGCCAGAGGUGUACCGUACCCUUGGCGAGAAGUACAGCGAGAGAGUUUUGCCUUCUAUCAUCCACGAGACCUUGAAAGCUGUGGUUGCUCAGUACAACGCAAGCCAGCUUAUUACUCAGAGAGAGGCGGUGAGUAGGGAAAUCAGGAAAAUCUUAACCAUGCGGGCUGCUAACUUCAACAUUGCGCUUGACGACGUCUCCAUCACGGGCUUGACGUUUGGAAGGGAGUUCACGGCAGCCAUAGAAGCAAAGCAGGUGGCAGCUCAAGAGGCCGAGCGUGCAAAGUUCAUCGUUGAAAAGGCUGAACAGGACAAGAGAAGUGCUGUUAUUCGCGCUGAGGGAGAAGCUAAGAGUGCUCAGCUCAUAGGCCAAGCGAUCGCAAACAACCAAGCCUUCUUAACGCUGAGGAAGAUUGAAGCCGCUAGAGAGAUUGCACAGACCAUCUCAAAGUCUGCCAAUAAGGUCUACUUGAGCUCCGACGAUCUGCUGCUUAACCUACAGGCCAUGGACCUUGAUUUGAAGGCGAAGAAGUAG